AUGGAUCAGUUAACAAUUGAAGCUUCUUUUGGAACAGUUACACUGAGAUCAAAUCUGUCUGAUUUAUUAUUAUCAAACGAGGACAAAGUACAAAAUUUUGUUGGCAUUUGGUUUUAUGAUGAUAAUAUUGAUCCAGAAGAAAUCAGUCAAAUGGAAAAUCGUCUAAACGAAAUCUUUGAUUAUUCAAAAAUGUUUCCUACUCAACAGAUAUCCCGAUUAACUGAAUGUUUAACUCGAAUUGCUGUUAAACGUGAAGAAUUUCUCACCAUCUAUAUUUAUUGUUUAACAAAUAUUAAUGAUUAUCAAAUUUAUUGCUAG